UCAGGCAGGCAUUUUAACAUGGCAUUGUUCCCACUUAUGGUUACAUUUGGGAAUUGUAUUUUAUGCAAUCUGUCUGUAUCAGGUCUUCGGUUUAAUAACACCAUGUUUGCUAAAAGGAUAGAAAAAGAAAACACAAAAUGCUGAUAAACAUCAUAGACAUGUAGAAUAAUUAUACAAUUAUGACAUUCCAGUUCUUUUGAUGACUGCCAGACUAAAGGUCAGUGUACCACACACACACAGUAAUUGCAUAUUAAUAGUUAAUAUCCUCAUUCUGUACAUACGUCUGAUUAUGAAUGUUUGGUCAACCUAGGGUGUUAAACAUUUAAAUGUCACACUUUGCUCAUAGAAUCCUGGUGCCUUGGUAUAAUUAGAAACAAUUAACUGGCUUGCCGACUGAGGUAUCUCGGCACUCAACAUAAGCUCGUUUUACAACUUAAUCUUCUCCAUCACCUUCGUCGUGCAGAGAUGUGAGGUCUGUGUCUAUGUAAUGUGAUGGUGCUUAUUGCUUCGGUAAGCGUUCCCCAGAGCACAGUGAAUCAGGGAAGUGCUGAAGCAGGCUGAGCCAUAGGGGUGUAACAGUAUUUCUGGGAACUAUCCGAGGUGCUGAAAGUCACUUCUACGUGAGCUUCCCUUCCUUUCCGAUACCCUUGUGAAGGUCUUCUUUCCUCCUCAGUCUCUGGCUUCCAGGCGGAUAGUAAUAACCAUGGUCUAUUCUCCAGGAGAGAAACUUGGAAAAGGAUCGGAAGAAGUAAAGCUACAAAAUGCCAGUAAACAGAUUGUAGAAACUGUAAUUUUACAAGCGGUCCAGCAAAUAUCUGAAGAAGACAAGAAAGAACAAAAUCAACAAUAUAGACGUGUGGGUCAAACUCUUGCAACAAGAAGAGUCAACGCAAACCAUGAAAAGAAGUAGAUGAUGAGCAUGGCAGACCAUAAAGGCUGCCAGUGUCUGAGAAGCUUGCCUUUUCCUUAGUUACAGAAGCACUUGCAGAGCAAUUGUGUCCUCCAGCAAACCAAAGCAGUACUUGAAUGUCAAUAGCCGGACUCAGAUGCAAAACAUUUCUUUCUGUGUAUAAGAACAACUCCCUGAUGACUUUAUGAAAUUACUUUCAUCAUGAGUUCUAGAUCACAUGUUCUAGUUUGAUAUGGAGGAUUUUUCUAUCAAAUGUCUAUGUUAUAUUACAAACAUCUUAUUUUUUAUCUCACCUACAUGCUGCAGAUAAAAUGUAUACACAUAUAUAUAUAUAUAUAUAUAUAUAUAUAUAUAUAUAUAUAUAUAGAAAUAUAAAUUGACCCAUGGUACAGUUUUUAUAUCCACAGCAUGUCAAUUUAUGUUUAAGUGGCAAAUCCAAACGAUGUGAUGCAGAUUUAUUUGCAAAUUUGCUGGUAUAGAUUUUAGAGUGGAAUAUUAAAACAUACAUGGCAGAUUUAUGAAAACUGUCUGUAUUGUCAAUAACCCAACAAAGGAGAAAAAGUAGAAAUCUUCAGCUCACCUCCCACUGGUCUUGCACGGAUCCUCAGCCUGGCCUGGCUUGAUACACAUGGUAAAGAAAGAGGAAAGUCGAUCCAGCAAUUCCAAUAAAACAUCGAUUUAUUUGUUA